AUGGAAGAAAAGAAGACAAGUGAUACUGAGAAAUCUGGCACUACAGACGAAAAAGCAGCUGCCGGUGAAUCUGAAACUGCGACAUCAUCGGAAAAGAAGGAAUCAGAAUUUCAUCUUCCAAGCUUACCAUCGUUUGACAAUACGUUCCAAAAUAUAAAAGGAAAAUUGGGUUUGGAAAAAACCAAAUCGCACGAAACGGAUAAAACGGAACAACUAGAUGCAGUGUGCGAGAAAGAAGCUGAUUCUGCAACGAAAGUCAAGCCGUCUACAACGAAUCAUGAAAAAGAAGUCUCUUCUGAGGUGAUCCCAUCUAGUGACCAUGUGAACGAGUCGCUUAAACUUUGA